AGGGCUGAAGGCGCUGCACACCGGAAGUGACAUCCAUGUGCGGUUCUGGAGGGCAAAGUGAAGAUGGCGGCUCGGCUGUCAGUGCUGCUUGGUCUCCGAGUUCCGGGGGGAGCCGCUGUGUGCUGCUGGAGGAUCUCUGCCAGUCACCUGAAAACAUGGCUGAAACCCACCGGGACCCCUCGCCUGCUGAGCACUCUCCCCCCGCCCCCUCCUAGGCAACAGGAUGAGUCCUCCAAACGUGGGCCGGUCACCUGGAAGUCUCUGGCGUUGACGGUCGCUCUGGGCGGAGCUCUGAUGGCGGGAAUGAAGUAUUUGAAGAAAGAGAAAGAAGAGAAGAUAGAGAAGGAGAAGAGCCGGUCUAUGGGGAAGCCAUUGCUGGGCGGACCGUUCUCGUUGAUUGACCACACGGGGUCACCGAAGAGCGAGCAGCACUUCCUGGGUCAGUGGGUGCUGCUGUACUUCGGCUUCACUCAUUGUCCCGACAUCUGUCCGGAGGAGAUCGAGAAGAUGAUGGAAGUGGUGGAGAACAUCGAUGCCAUGAAGGGGGUUCCUAACCUCACCCCUCUCUUCAUCACCGUGGACCCCGCGAGGGACAACCCGGAGGCCGUAGCCAAAUAUAUUAAAGAAUUCUCCCCCAAACUGAUCGGCCUGACGGGGAGCGUGGAGCAGAUCGCGGAGGUGGCCAAGGCGUACCGGGUGUACUUCAGCACGGGGCCCAAGGACGAGGACAGCGAUUACAUUGAAGACUUCCCGGAGAAGCAGCAAGCUCAUUACCACCAGGGGCUUCUGGGUGAUCCGGAAGGCACACACAAGGGUACCGUUGCCAUGGCUGCCAGUGUUGUGGGUGACGAUGAUAUGGGGGAAGUCAUACUGUACAACGUUCAUUCCCACAACGGCACGCUGGCUCUAGUCUGUGCGUUCUCCUGCCGACCAAUCGCAACGCAUGCCAAAGCUUACACUCGGGUCGAGUACGCCGACCCGCGUGUCAUCCUCGUCAUUUGGAAUCCGUUAUACCAACAGCAGGAGCCGCGGCGCAAACACAGCGGGAAGCAGGAUGAUGUAUGUCGACGUGCGUUGUUCCCGUUUGCUGGUUUCAUCCGAGCCGAUGCCACCCGCCUGAGAUGA